AGUAUGUGUGUGAAAGUGAGGGAGCGAGAGAGAGAGAGAGAAUGACAUAAAGAAAGGGAGAAGUUAACAGAACUGAGUGCUCACACUAAUCAUUUUGUCACCCGCAUGCUCUGACAAGCAGGGCGAAGGACUGGGCUGGUGAAAAGAGAGAGUGCAGGGAGUCAGUGAACAACAGAGAGAGAGAGAGAGAGAGAAAGAGGGGGAGAGAGAGCAGACAAGGGGGGUGUUCAUGAGGAAACCCUGCAGAAGUCAAAGGGCAUAAAAGCGGACAGACGACCACAAGGAAUCCAGGAAAGAGAGAGAAAGAGAGUACAAGAGAGAGAGAGAGAGAGAGAGAGAGAUAGAAAAAGAGAGAGAGGAGAACCGCAACCCGAUCCUUUUGGCUAACACGACGAGCUGAGAACACUUGUAGCUCCUUGCUCCUGCUGUUCGCUACCCCAGCGCCGCCAGACAGUUGCCUUCUGUGAUCGGUCUGUGAUCAUAUUUACUUAUCUAUUUAUUUGACUUUUCUUUUACUUUUUUUUACCAUCUCUUGGAAGACUCAAUCCUGAUCUGUGUGUUUGUGUGCUUUAGUACCUGAGUGUGUGUGUGUGUGUGUGUGUGUGUGUGUGUUCGCAUGUUGCAUCACUUGAAGGCAAACAGUCAGGGUGUUUUCCACGAGGCUCUCAGGACUGCUUUUGUUUCAGUUCCUGUCACACUGCUUGUAAAAGUGUGUGUGUAUGUGUGUUAGUGAGUGUGUGUGGACGUUUAACCUAAGGGACAGAGAGACAGCAUGCUUGUUAUAGUGUGACCGCCUGUCUGAGUUACCGGGGACCGCUGAGUGUGUGGUAUCGUGUUUUGAGGGCUUCGUGUGUGUGUAAGGAGAUUACAGCUGGUUUGUGGCAGCAGAAUGUGGGUAGCUCAACUCAUUCUCUGAAACAGAAGUGACGACUUAUACAGCUAUUGUGAUGUUCCUCUGAAACGCUUACUUUGACAUUCUCAUGUGUUCGUAGGAAGUGUUUCGUGUCUGCGCUAGAGACAGCUACAGCUUCCCUUCUUGCGCUUAGCGCUUCAUUUACGUUCCACAAGUUUUUUGACACAUAUUGUUUUGUUGCCAAAACCACUUGGUUGGCUUGUGUUUGUGAACACUUCAAGUUGAACACACGUUUGAUACGUAAUGGAUCUUUUGCAUUGUAUAUGAAGAGACUUUUUAUUUUUUUAGGCUGGAGAGUGAGUGUGUCACUGUACGCCACUAUCUGAUUAACUGCCGGGCUGCCUUGCAGGCUCUGGGGACCUUUAUCACUCUCAGAGGAAGCCUGAGGUCAUCUGAUCAGCCUUCAGAAGGAAGCCGAAGAGGGACGUGUCUCUGCUCUUUACUGCUUGUGUUACAGCCCCUGAAAAACAGAAAGAGAGACAAACGGACAGAGAGAAAGAGAGAGACAGACAGACAGAGACAGAGUGAGAGAGCGACAGAAACAGAGGAGGGUAGAUGUGUAUAGUACUGAACAGGUACCACACUGGUUACACUAGGCUGAUUGGAAACAGGCAGCUGUAAAGAGGGCUGUCAAUCCGAGAGAGAGAGAGAGAGAGAGCGAAAGAGCAGUGGGCUUACUCAGGAGGGGGGAUCGAGCAUUAAGCGGAGGCUGUGUGUGAAGGCAGUUUGCUGUGCUGGGCUGUGUUGAGUUUGAGCUGAGCUGAUUGCUGAUUGUGUUUUAUGUUAAGUGUUUCAUGCGCUCCACUCUCCUUUCUGCUUCUGGGAUCCCACUGCAGCUGGACAGGCUGAGCUGAGCAGUUUUAGGAGAGAGACAGAAAAUAGAGAGAGAGAGAGAGAGAGAGAGACUCGGAUCUUGUCCAGACCCGUGGACUCGUAACAAGCGGUGCAGUGUCUCCCUGCCAAGAGUUUAGACAGUUGUUGAAAGUGCGCACCACGAGGGGACCAGGAAGCUAAGCAAACCUAGCCAACCUGCUGGGAGGUGUGCAUCUGUGUGUGUGUGUCAUAGUGGAUGUGAGUGGCUACUGCCUCCAAGGAGCAUUGUGUGUGUCCCCCCUGGCAGAGUUUGUGUAGUGUGUGUGUGUGUGUGUGUGUGUGUUGGUCUGUUUGUUUGACAGGUUUGGAUCCCCAGUGUGCCAGCGGAGAGUGAGUGUUUUUUUUUAUUUAUUUUUUUUAUUUUAUUUUUUUUUAGUGUGUGUGAGACUGUGUGGGAGUGUGUAUGCUCGCUCUGUCUCUCCACUGGUCCGUGUGAGUGAGGUGCUGGAAAAGGGCUGCUCUGUGAGGCGGGAUUCCCCCCAACCCAAAACCCAACCCCCACCCCACCCCCGUCUGUCUGCCCAGCACAGACGCUCACCAGACGGCCGGCCGGCACGAGGCGCGAGCACCGCGACUAGGUGCUUUCCAAAGACAACAGCAGCAGUAGUGAGAGAGACAGACAGACAGACAGACAGAGACAGAGAGGGAGUAGUAGAAGCUUCACAGCAUCAUUGUUUUGAAGAGACUCAGAGCUGUCAAAGGCCGUGGCAAAGG